CUUGAUGAUUUCAGCUUGAGGGAAAAUGGUUCCCGAAUUCUGACCGAGGUGACGGUAAUUAGUUCAUGCCGAAGAUAGCGUGGUGAGCUGAUACAUAAAGCUGUGCUUGGUGACGCUGGAGAUGGAGUUGGAGAAAAACAAGGGCAUACAUUCAGUUAGAUCCAUCCUAUCCUUGGUCAUAUAUCCAAGCAAGCUAAAACAUGUCACAAUCUCCCCCCAAAACCGGCAUUCGCGUACUGGUCGUAGGUGCAGGCUUCGCCGGCCUCACGGCAGCCAUCGAGUGUCAUCGCAAGGGUCAUAGCGUAACUCUGCUUGAGAAGUUCCCCGAGCUCAAGCUCCUAGGAGAUAUCAUCAGUUUCGGGCCUAACAGCUCUCGCAUCUUCCAGCGAUGGCCGGGCGUGGCGGAAAAGAUGGACGCGCUCAGCCAGCGUUCUGAUGGUCUCGAGAUCAAGAACUGGCUUGGCGAGACGCUGCUCAAGCAAGUAUGGUCAAAAGAACAGGAGGAAUUCGGCAUCCGAUUUGAUGGACAUCGCGGCGAGUUCCAUGAGAUCGUGUACAAGCACGCUCUUGAAAUCGGUGUCGAUAUAAGGCUAGGGGCACGUGUCGAGGACUAUUUUGAGAGCGAUGAUGAGGCGGGUGUAGUGCUCGAGGGCGGCGAGAGGAUCACGGCCAACAUCGUGCUUGCGGCGGAGGGAGUCCGAAGUCCGGGGAGAAAGAUCGUUCUUGGGUACGAGGACAAGCCCAAGGCGUCUGGGUACGCUGUGUAUCGAGUUUGGUUUGACGCCGACGAGAUUGCCAAGGACCCUGAUUUGCGGUUCUUCACAGACAACGGCGAUAAACACGUGGCGUGGCUUGGCCCCGAUGUUCACUUCAUCGCGGCGUCAGUAAAGAACGGUAAAGAUUUCUCAUGGGUCUGCACACACAAGGACGAGGCGGAUAUCGAAGAAAGCUGGUCCCUUGAGGCGCCCCUCUCAGAUGCGCGCAAGGUGCUCGAGGGCUGGGAUCCCGUCGUCCAGAAGAUCCUCGAUUAUACGCCCUCUCCACUCAUCGACUGGAAGCUCGUGUACCGCGACCCACUACCCACCUGGAUCUCAAGUCGUCGCCGGAUAGCACUCAUCGGGGAUUCCGCACACCCGUUCCUGCCCACAUCUAUCCAAGGCGCCUCACAAGCCAUGGAAGACGGUGCCACCAUCGCCGUCUGUCUCUCACGAGCCCAGCAAUACCAGAAAACCUACGGAAACGCGAAGAACAGCGACGGCGUGCAAGAAGCCAUCGCGACGUUCGAAGCCAUCCGGUACGAACGCGUGCGCUCGGCGCAGAAGACGGGCGAGCAGACGAGGGACAUCUGGCACAAGGCGGACUUCGCAGCCGCCAAGAAAGACCCGCAGUCGCUCCGUCUGCGGCGCGAGGCGUGGCUCCUCGACUUUGACGCAGAGAUGUACGCCGAGAUGCACUACGAGGAGACGGCUGCCAUGCUUCGUGCAAAUCCGAACGGAGGCGUCCUCGGAGACACUCUGGAAGCGAGGAAGUUGCAUAUCCCUGAGGGAAAAGAGGGAUAUCUCGAGUACAACGAGGAGCCUGCUGAUGUUGCCGCUCAAACGUCGGUAGAGGCUGUAAUGGCAUGAAACUCAAGGAUAUUCAUUUCCCGCUCAAACCUACAUAACGCCUUUGUCGUUUCAUGUUGUAUAUAUAUCUAUACAUAUACAUAGAAGAAUAGAAUGUGGUGGAUAUAUACUAGGUGGAUAGAUGAUAAUGAAGAAAGUCGACUAUUGAUUUAGUCGAAAUGCUGGAAUGGGAUUUAUAUGUUUUUUUGUCUUUCUUUUUUAUAACGCCAUGUCGCUGGUCUAGUUGUCUAGCAUCAGGUAUGCG